AUGGUAUCGACAUCAGCUUUGCAGCUGGGGAGAAGUGGAGCAGGAGAAAGUGAAAGAAAAGAGCGGAAGAGGAUCCAAAAUAGAUUGAAUCAAAGAGCCCGCAGAUUUCGUAAUAGAGAAGAAAAUGCCCCCGUAAAUUCCAAGGCUCGCUUAUACCAAGUACAUCGCUGGCGAGUCGAGGACGGGGCGUCUCACUCUCAUGCCACACAAGGCUGGAGUAGUAAACCGCGCAGUGAGCUCCGCAGGAACUCGGAACAGUCCAUAUCUGAGCCAGCUGGUCCACCGGCUCUUUGUAUCAGUGUUCUUUUUUCGGAUCAAUCGCUUGAGACGAGGUUUCCUCUUCCUGCGGACCAAUUGCUGCAUCUUAUCAACUACAACGUAUUCCGAGCGCUCUAUAUGAACAAGGCUAUACUUGGGCAGGUGGCGAUGUCCUUAAAACCAGGCCACGAGGUCCCUGAAACCUUCCAUGGUGCUAAUUCAGUAGUAUUUCCUGAAUAUUCGGUGAUUCUUCCACUGGAAGAGCCAGUCGCGUCGAGCCUUCCAGCCUGUCUUGCUCCAACAGAGUCACAAAUGAGUCUCAUCCACUCCACAUGGAUCGACCUACUUCCUUUCCCAAAAAUGCGCGAGAACCUGAUAAACUGGGGAACCUGCUUUGAUCAUGCCGAGUUCGUCAAAGACCUGAUCGGUAAUUUACUGGACGAACGGAAUUUCUAUUCACCUUGGUUCCCCCAGAAGUCAGCAGGCGCUGGAAAGCUAACGCUUUCAAACGAGGAGGAUGAUGAAGUCACUGCGACUCGAAAUGGGCUUAUCAUCUGGGGGGAACCAUACAAGAUGGAAAGUUGGGAGGCUACUCCUGGAUUCCUAAAAAAAUGGACGUGGGCUGUGGAGGGUUGCGAAGGGUUGAUCGUGUCCAGUAAUCGUUGGAGGAUUAUGAGAGGCGAGGAUCCAAUGCAGCUCUCUGCAUAA